GCCGCCGCCGCCGCCGCCGCCGCCGCCGAUAUGGCGCGCACGGCCCCUGUGGAGCCCCCGCUACGGCAUCCAGCGCCCCCCUCGCCGGCCGCGGGUGAGCCCCGCACCUCGGUUGAGGUGGCGGUGGCACCGCGGAGGGUGCUGUUCGCCGACGAGGCCCUGGGGCUGCCGCUGGCGCAGCUGCGUCGCUACCGGCCGUGGGGCGGGCCCGGGGCGGGCAAGAUGGCGGCGGCCAGGCAAGAUGGCGGCGGCAGCGGGGCUGAUGAGGACGACGAUGGCGAGGAUGGGGAUGAAGGGGAGGAGGAAGAGGAGGUCUGCCCUGAGCCCUCGCCGCUGUGCCCCGUACCCGCUGGCGGGGGUUUUUACUUGGUGCCCACAUUUUCGCUGCCGCCCGCGCCGGGCCGUCUGGAGCGCUUGGGGCGCGUCAUGGUGGAGCUGGAGGCGCUGCUGCCACCUCCAGGAGCGGUCCCCGGGGGUGCCGGGUUGUGGGUGCCUGGGGGGCGCCCGCCAGUGCUGCGCGGGUUGGUACGCGUGUUGAACCGCUCCUUCGAGAAGGCGGUGCACGUGCGGGCCUCACACGACGGCUGGGCUUCCUUCUGCGACCAUCCAGCGCGCUACGUCCCGCGCAGCCCACCGGGGGCAGGAGCAGGAGGAACAGGAGCGGGAGAUCCCAUCCUGGAUCUUGGCCUGGGCCCUGGCCAGGCGGCCGCCUCCUCGCCCGACGACGGCGGCCGCACCGACCGCUUUGCCUUCCAGCUGCCCUUUGCUGAGGGCGCGGGCGAUGGGGCGCGCCUCGACUUCGUGGUGCGCUAUGAGACCCCCGAGGGCACUUUCUGGGCCAACAACCACGGCCGCAACUACACAGUCCUGCUCCGGAUUGCACCCGCUCCCACACCCACUGAUGCCGAAGGGCUGCCCCAGCAGCAGCAGCUGGAGCCACAGCCUGAGUGCCAGGGUCCCGUGGAGGCUGAGGCCAGGCAGCUGAAGAGCUGCAUGAAGCCGGUGAGGCGCAGGCCUGCUGAGGAGGAGCUGAGGAUGAAGAACGUGGAUGAUAACACUGCUGCUGUGGCAGAGCAUCCUGAUGUCCAAGAGUCAGUGGGUCCCCUGGUGGCCCCCACCCCUCUCCGUCCAUGGCCUCAGAUGACACUUCAGGUUUCUGAAGUUACAAUGACUGGCAACCCCCCAGAAGAAGGUGACAUCCCCAGAAGCAGUCCGCCAGUGGCUUUGACAGAGGUCCUCCAGGAACCGGCCAUCAGGAUCCCCCCCACUUCCCCUCUCUGUGGCCUGGGUGGCUCCCCCAGAGACCAGGCCUCAGGGCCCGAUGCAAGUGAGGGGGCCACUGGGCCUUUCCUGGAACCCAGCCAGCAGCAGGUGGAGGCCGCAUGGGAAGUAUCCAGUGAGAAUGGAGGGGGUCAAAACGACCCCAUGGUGGGGGCUAUUAUGGAUGAACCCCCUGGUGGUCUGGAGGUCAUGAGUGGGUUGGAGGAGCUGUUUGGCGAAGACACCAUUGACCAGGAGCUGGAGCAGCUCUACCUGUCCCACCUGAGCCGCCUGCGGGAUGCUGUGGCUUCAGGUGGGGGAGGGGGUGGUGGGGAGGGUCCCACAGAUGGCGGGACGUCCCCCAGCCAUCCCCUGGGCAUACUCACGGACCGUGACCUGAUCUUGAAGUGGCCUGGCCCUGAGCGGGCCCUGAACAGUGCUCUGGCUGAGGAGAUCACGCUGCACUACGCCCGGCUAGGGCGUGGUGUGGAGCUCAUCAAGGACACCGAGGACCCUGAUGAGGAGGGGGAGGGCGAAGAGGGGCUCUCAAUCACAGCCUCCAGCCCAGAAGGGGACAGUCCCAAGGAAUCACCCCCGGAAAUCUUCUCUGGGGCCCGUUCUGUGGUAGCCACUAUGGGAGACGUGUGGCUCCCAUGGGCAGAGGGCUCAGGAAGUGACAGCCCUGUGGUUCUGAGCACAGAGGGUCAGUUCACUGGGGACCCAGAGAAAGGGAUGGGCAAGGAUGCUGACUCUUUGUACAUGAAUAGGGUGAUAGCUGGGGUUACUGGGUCUCUGGGGGAGGCUGGGACAGAUGCUCAGAUGGAGGUCACCACUGAGCGGGCAGGCAGCUUGGAUCCUAUAUCUGGCAAGGAGCCAGCCACUUCAGUCCUUCUGCCAGGACAAAAUCCCACCCUCCUUGGUCCCUUGGGGGCCCAAGUCUGUCUGUCUAGCAUGGCUCGGCCUCAUGUGAGCUCCCAGGAUGGAGAGGGUGAAGGCCCAAGUCUUGAACCCCCCAAAAGGUCUCCCACCCUAGCAGGCCCUGGAGAAUGUGUGUGUGUAUUGUCUCCCCAGCUCCGUGGCCCCUUGACCCAGACUCUGGGUGUCCUGGCUGGGCUGGUGGUGGUCCCUGUGGCUCUGAACAGUGGUGUGUCCCUCCUGGUACUUGUGCUGUGCCUCUCUCUAGCCUGGUUCUCGUAGGGGCUGCUUGUGGGAUCAGCAAUAACAGGCUUCCCCCUCUCUGGGGUCUGGGGAGGGGUAGCCCCUGCAUCACCCCAGAGGGUUGAGAUGGGAUAUGUGGCCUGUGUAGUGAGGGGACUUUGGUCCUUUGCUUCUGAGAAUGCUCAAUUAGAGAGGCCUUCCCAUCCCUGAGCUCUCCAGUCAGCACAGGCUCCCUGUGGUGAUACCAAUGGAGAGGAAUGGGGAUGGGUGGAUGGUAUGCGUGAGAAGAACUUUUAGAAUGGAACUGGGCAUGUCCUCCCCCUCCCUUGCCCCCAAGCCUGUAUUUAUUUUUGUAUAAUUCUCUGGAUGAGGUAGAGCGGUCGUGAGCUGGUCUUGGGGCACAAUUACCCAGAGAUAUAUUUAUUAACAGCCAACCUGUGCAACCUGCUGGAGCUUUAUUUUUAAUUUAAUUUAUAUAGAGUACCUAUUAUUAGAUGCCACAAUAGAGCUCUAUGAGAAAUGAUGUGUCUUGCUGUGCAAUGUUUUCCUGUUUGGGAGUGAGUGUUCAGGGUGGUCACAUUCGGUAGGAGGACCAUGGUGGGGAGUAGGUGGUAGGACGUGGCCAUGCUUAUGCUGCUUCAUUGUGUCCUUGAGGAUCUGUGUCUCCUCACUUUGUGGUCUCAAUCCAUGUGGUCCUUCAGUAUUCUCUAUAUUCUACUUGUGGGAGCCUGCAGAGGUAUAUAUGGAUGGUGGUGGUGGGAGCCAGGGAGGAAGAGUGGUGGUCACAUGAGGGUUUGGUGUCCAUCACAUGGCUGCAGUGGUGGCUGUGGUCACUUGUGGAUGUGGGGACAUCAGUUAUGAAUCAGCCAUAAAGUUUUGAGGUUACUAAAAAAAAAACAAACAGCCUUUCACACCACCAGCGGGAGAUCCCUCAGUCCCCAAAAUAGGGAAGGCCUCAUAAAGAACAGAGGCAUUAGUGUACUGUGAAAAGUCAUACUAGAGUUGCUGUCCACAGAUAUCACAUUUCUAUUCAAAACAGGAAACCAAGAAGCUUUGAAGGAAAGCAUAGAUAUAUUUACUGCAUGCAAAUAAACAACAUUGCAUAGUAAAAUAAAA